GAGAAAAUUCUAGAAGUAGCCCUCGUUUCCUUCGUGUCUGUCUCUAUCUCUCUCUGGUCUAUAAUUGCCUUUGAAUCUCCUUCAUAGCUUCUUCUAUUUAGUUUCUUUUUUAUUUUCGUUGAAGCGUUCGUUUCUCUAUCAAUCUUAUCUGUUUCCUUUCGGUACUUAUUGGUUGAUUUAGCUCUUUCACUGUUGCUGUCGAGUCAUGGCAUCCAAACGCAUCUUGAAGGAGCUCAAGGACUUGCAGAAGGAUCCACCUACCUCUUGCAGCGCCGGUCCUGUCGCUGAAGACAUGUUCCAUUGGCAAGCAACUAUUAUGGGGCCUUCAGAUAGCCCUUAUGCUGGGGGUGUCUUUCUGGUUUCCAUUCAUUUUCCUCCCGACUACCCAUUUAAGCCUCCCAAGGUCGCAUUUAGGACUAAAGUUUUCCAUCCAAAUAUCAAUAGUAAUGGAAGCAUAUGUCUGGAUAUUCUUAAAGAACAAUGGAGCCCAGCGCUAACCAUCUCCAAGGUGCUUUUAUCUAUAUGCUCCCUGUUGACGGAUCCAAACCCAGAUGAUCCCCUUGUGCCAGAAAUUGCUCACAUGUACAAGACUGACCGAGCAAAGUAUGAGGCCACAGCACGCAGCUGGACCCAGAAGUAUGCCAUGGGUUGAUGAUUUUUAUCACCGGUGAACUUGAAAAGAGUUCAAGAUUGGUUGUAUUCUCCAUUAGGUGAAAAGAAAAGCAGUAUCCAGAAUGUUGCUUUUUUGGUUGUGUUUGAAUUGAGCACUCAUAAUUGGCAGGGAACUUCAAUCAUAAUUCUGUGAAUAGUUGUUUGAAGACAUUGGAGAGUGAGAGAAGAAGUGUAAUGUAAUGUUUUUAUAUUGUCAAGUGCACGCGCCGCUUGUCAAUUAACUAGAACUCUCUUAUUUAUUAUCUAAGGCUUUAAAAGAUUUAUUUUGAAACUAUUUAUAUUC